GGAAAGGGAACGUGUUCCCAGCCCCGUGAGCGGCGGAGGGCCAGGGCUGGGCUCCACCUCCUCCCUCUGUCUCUCCCUCCCUCUUUCCUCUCUCCUUCCUCUUCUAGCUCAGGCUAAGCUCCCGCCAACCCCGCAGCCUCCGCCACUCGCCCGGGCCCAGGCCAUGGCCAACGGGGAGGCGUCCCGGCGGAAGGAGCGCGUCCUCUGCCUGUUCGAUGUGGACGGGACUCUCACCCCGGCCCGCCAGAAAAUUGACCCCGAAGUGGCGGCCUUCCUUCAGGAGCUUCGAGGAAGGGUGAAGAUAGGAGUCGUGGGAGGCUCAGACUACUCCAAGAUUGCAGAACAGCUGGGCGAGGGGGAUGAAGUCAUAGAAAAGUUUGACUACGUCUUUGCGGAGAAUGGGACGGUGCAAUACAAAAAUGGCCGGCUGCUCUCCAAGCAGACCAUCCAGAACCACCUGGGAGAGGAGCUUCUGCAGGACCUCAUCAAUUUCUGUCUCAACUACAUGGCCUUGUUGAAGCUACCCAAGAAGCGUGGGACCUUCAUCGAAUUCCGCAACGGGAUGCUGAACGUCUCCCCCAUCGGCCGGAGCUGCACCCUGGAGGAGAGGAUUGAAUUCUCAGAGCUGGACAAGAAAGAAAAGAUCCGGGAGAAAUUCGUGGAGGCCUUGAAGGCAGAGUUUGCUGGCAAAGGGCUGAGGUUCUCCCGAGGGGGCAUGAUCAGCUUUGAUGUCUUCCCUGAGGGAUGGGACAAGCGCUACUGCCUGGAUCGCCUGGACCAAGAGAGUUUCGACACCAUCCACUUCUUUGGGAACGAGACUAGCCCCGGGGGAAAUGACUACGAGAUCUAUGAUGACCCCCGCACGGUGGGGCACAGCGUGGUCUCCCCCCAGGACACAGUACAGAGAUGCCGGGAGCUCUUUUUUCCUGAGAGUGCGCACGAAGCAUGAGGCUGAUGUCCCCUGAGGGCUCAGGGACCAAGGAGUCUUCACCUGGGGACUGUUGAAAUGCCGCCAAGACAUGUGAAGAAAGAGCCCCCGCUGGCUGUAGGGGUGGGGAGGGAGCCUUUCCCCUGCUCCCUGCUCCCCAUCUUUUCCCCUUUCCCCCUAGAGGAAGAGCAUCCCUUGCCUGCCUGCUGGAAAGGACUCAGAUUGAAGGCCUUGGGUUGGAAGGGGCCCAGCUAAGCUUUAUCAGGGUAGGAGUGAUGGACGGAUGGACGGAUGGAUGACUGGACAGACAGACAGAGAAUAUGAGUGAUGGCCCAAGUCGUCCCUCAGGGUAUCUGUAGUCUAGGUUACCCAAGUUUCUAUUCACUCGCCCCCUAUAGUCACAGGUCGCCAGAGUGGGUGGGACAAUAGGCAUCCAAUAAAGGGCGGGUUUCUCUCACCCUUUUUUUCCCCUCUCAGGUUUCUUUUGGGACCUGGAGAGCAUGUUGGGGAGGGGCAGAGUUGGGGGGGGGGAGUAUAUCAGUAAGCAUUUAGGAAAUGUCGGCUAUGGAUCAGGUCCCUCCCUCCUUUUGUUCCACCUUGGAUUAGGGACAAGAUGAAAUCCUCCCAACUGCACCCCAUGGGUUACCCACAAAGUUGGGGCUAACCUCAUCCUUGCAUGCCCAAGAGUUUAAAUCCCACCUCCCCCAGGAGGCAAACCCUAGAAGAGAGAUCUGAUGUUCUGGUCACUCUGAUCCCUCUUCCAACCCCCAAAGUCAGUACCAGCACCCUGGCAUGCCAUUCAACGAACACAUCUCAGUUGAGACACAGCUGUGGACCGGUGGGUAGCUUGGUUGCCUCCUCCCUCCACAUCCCCAACCAGAAGGUGAGAGGAGAGAUCCAGAACCAUCCUAGGCCCGAUUUAGCCCUCCCCCAUCCCCUCCCCACACACAUGAUCUGUUUCCUCGGGGUCUUACUCUGGCUGGGGGUUCUGACCUCUGACUUCUGUGCUAAAAUGAGCUGUCCAACAUCGCCUAGAAUUACCUAGAAUGUUUUUCUGUGCAGAAAAAAAAAAGAUUUUUAAGUUGAAGUGUGAUGUUUAUAUGUGAGGGAAAAUCUGUAGACAACAGAGAGUUUUAUUAUGGCACAAAUUCUACUAAAUGACAGAAAUCCA